UUCGCUUUCGUCUCCUCGCUCUGCCAUUGAAGGGGGGGGGGGGGGUGUUUGUGUUUGUGUUGCUCCUGCAAAGGUUGCGUAACCCACCACAGCGCCCUGGCGGUUUAGUCCAGUAGCUGCCAAGGGGAGAGGAUCUAGCGCUGGGAUCUCUGAAGUUGAUUGCUGCCUCCAAAUUGGACCCAACUGCAGCUAGAGAGGAACUGAUCACACCCCAGCCUUCAUCUGUCUCGGUGAGAGAGGAGAGAUGACAAAAGGCGAGGAUCCUAUGGAUUCAGAGCAGUCACCCAAUGAAACAGAAGUUGAACUGCCUAACAACAAACUCCAGAGAGCUGUUGGGUGGAAAGCCCCGCUAGCCGUCGGCCUGGUAGUCAUAGUCGUGAUUGUUGCUGUUGCCGUGAUACUUCUGCACGUGAAAUCUCCUCUGGAAUCCAAGCUGCCUCCUGUCUCCACCCCAGUCCAUCUAAAUGCAAAAUUCCAUGUGCCCUGCUGCCUGGAUGGCUGGGUCGGGUACAGAGGGAAAUGCUACUAUUUCUCUGAGGCCGAGGGGACCUGGGACUCCAGUCAGAGCUUCUGCUCUUCACUCAAUGCCUCCCUGGCUUGGAUCGACACCGAGAAAGACCUGAUGUUCAUAUUGCGAUAUAAAGGCGUCUCUGAGUUCUGGAUUGGCCUGAAGCGAGUAUCGGCGCAGACCUGGCAAUGGGUGAAUGGCGAACACUUCAACAACCUGUUUACGGUAAGGGGAGAAGGCGACUGCGCAUACCUGAGCGAUGACUUUGCCACUUCGUCGUGGUGCUCCACGAAGCGCUACUGGCUCUGCAGCACACCUGACGGGAUGCGACGAGAGGACGCGAUGCCGGGGGACUGA